AUGUCUUUUGACUGCGGCUUCGACAUCUUCCCCAUCCUCUGCCCAACCCCCGAGAACAAAAUGAGGUACGCCGAAUUCCUCGACGACCUAACAACCGUCUACAAGACCGACGAAGAAGCCCGUCUCCUCAUCCUCCCCUCCGACGCCGACUUCCCCAAGUUUUUCGACAAGCGCUUCGUCCACUUCGCGCUCACCAACAACCCGCGCAUCCCCGCCGACCCCAACAACUGCGACCUGUUCUACAGCCUGCGCAGCACGAGCGUCUUCGACGCCGCCGUCAUCGACACCGUCAAGGAGAUCUUCGUCAUCGCGCAGCACCAUUUUGGAAGCCGCGUGCACUUCUGGACCGAUGAGAGCGUCAUCUACACGAAGGGAGAGGUCCUCCGCUCGGAGUGGGAGGUCUCCAAGAGAGAGGAUGUCUCGGACUCGAAGUGA